AUGAACCCCACUUCCUCACCCGACGCGGCCUCGUGUGAUAUGGAGAAGGAAGAGAAGGGCAUCUCCCCCGUGACGCGGACGGGUAAGCCGUUCGUGGAGUGCGCCCUCAUCCACCUCCCGGGCAAGUACAGCAGCGUCUUUCCUUUUCUGCUCGGUACUCAGCUUUUCUUCUUUGACGUGGUGCGUAAGCUCAACCGUAUCGGUGUCCUCGACAAGCGUGUCGUCUUUGUCACAGGCGACACGAUCGGCGUCGCCUCGAGGCGGGGGCCCGUCUCGCGGAGCUCCAAAGUCGAGGACAUUUCGAAACUUAUCUGCGAUGCUCAAGCACGGGCCAUUGGCAUUCGCAUGCGGAGUCGCCCCUUCGCCAUUUCACCCAAGGACUUUCCCCGCUGCAACUGCUUCCACGAGAUGCCGGUGGACCUCUUGCUACACGCGACCUCUGUUGCGCAGUAUGAGGCACUCAUAAACGUUCUGAGCUUCGUGCAUCAUACCUGCACUCAUGAGGCGCUGCUGUGCCGCUCGCUCAAGAAGUACGAGACGUGGAGGGCGUCACUGGUUUUGGCGCCUGACGGGUUGCGUGUGAAGAAGGCAAUGCAGAACUAUCCCAUACCCGUAACCCCGUCAGAGGGGAACACUGGCGCCGCCACGUUAAGUGCUACUCGAUCGCAGGAGACAAGUGCAAGCCUAUGGGCCUUUUGUGCACCGAGGCAAGUUGCCCUCGUCUCCGCAGCUGACUCAGUGUCACAUUUCACGAAUGGACUAGAUGUGUCUGCGGCAGCGCCGACGCUGCAACACUGGCCCUCGUUAAGUGCCAGCCCUUCUUUCACUCCCUCUGGCGUUGGCGGUCAUCUGACGACGCCGGAAUCGUCGCCGUUGAGUCUUAGCUCAUCGCCGGCGCCUCCGCUAGUCGGACUCUCAAGGGAUAUGGUGGCCGUGCCGACCUCUGCAACGCGUCGUGAUGUCAACCCGCUGCUGAAGGCUGACAGAAACGACCCCGAUACGUCGUCUAAGAAAAGGAAGGCCGCAACAAGAGUGCAGCUUUGA